UUCAGCUUAACACACCCCGUUAGCCCUGCCGUUCCUUGCUUACUUUUCAACCAACACCUGUGCAUUCUUUACCCGUCGUUCGUGGUCGCUGUUGCCGACGCCCGCGACCCGCUGCUCAUCGCGAGACCUGAUAUUGAACACGCCCAGUGCUACGGCCGUGCCGAACUGGAUUCUCUGAUCAUCUAAUCUUGGAAAAUACCUUACCCAUGCCUGACGACUUAUCCACGACUAUACCUGCUCCUCCCCGGCCCAAACCUUCUCGGUCUUCGACUACGGGGGCUGUACGUCAACGGUCAUCUCCACAACCUGGGGAACAGAACGCGGACUCGAGGCCGCAGAAACGCGCUCGAAAGGCCAUUAAUUGCGAGCCAUGUCGGAAUAGCAAACUAAAAUGCGACAGGAACCGCCCAUGCUCGUCCUGUGUGCUGCGAGGGACUGCUGCUUCAUGCUACGCGGAUGCGCGAGGUCACGAGAGAAACAGCGAUGCCCUCCGCGCCGAUGAUCGUCCCUCCUUUACUCGUGUCGAUCCUGCCCAGGAAUUCGCUCGCGUACGACAUUCGCUCAAUCUUCUCGAGUCAUAUGUUUUCCCGACGUCGCGUCCCCCCACUGUCACUCCCAGACGACACGGCGAGCCGUCCAAUUUCAUGCCUAAGAAGGAGCUGCCUGAUCCCGAUGUGGGCGAGGGGUCUUCCAAUACUGCUCCAGGCAUGCUUGCUAGCUCAGGGCAGGGCGGUCUCUACGCGGGUCCGACGAGUGCCGCUACACAUCUUCUCGGGGAGGGAAAGGCUGAAUCGGAUUCGGUGGACAGUCGACACGGCAGCCAGGAAAGGACCAUUGAGGAAUUCACAGCUCUCCCUCCUGAGUACGACCGCGACCUCCUUGCAAUGCUGCCUUCCCUUGACGUCAUCGACGGACUCAUCAUCUUCUACUUUGAAUGCUGCAACUGGGUCUAUCGACACGUCAAUGAAAAGGCGUUUUUGUCCCAGUGGGAUCGUUUUAAAAGCGGAAAGUCUGCCGACCGGAUUGUCCUUGCCACCGCAUGUGUCAUCAUGGGGGUAGCGGCCCACUACCUUCCAUCAGAUCAUCAGCUUUUGGAGCAAUUUUCCGACUCUCCUCAGGAACAAGGGAACAAGUUUUUCGAUGUCUCUCAAAUGGCAUUACAACGACGGCACGCUGAAAGCAAAAAGUACAGUAUUGAACUGGUCGAGUUGCUCCUAAUCCAGUGUCAUUAUCUUACAUUGGAGAAGACAGAAAGCGAGCAGGUCUGGCAGAUACGAGGGGAAUUGGUGUCAAUAGGUACGGCCUUGGGCUUACAUAGAGACCCUGGUAAAUGGCGAAUGCAUCGGGACGUCGCGGAGCGGCGGCGAUGGGCAUGGUGGCAUAUUAUUCUACUCGAGCGAUGGCAUGCUUUUAUGUUUGGGCGGCCGAUUUGCAUUGCGUCGCAUCAUUUUGACACCCAACUACCAUCAUACUGCGACCCUGCGAUAGACAAGACGGGUCGACUCUAUCUCCCGAAUAUUGCUCUCUUUCGUCUCGCUUACAUAUUAGGUGACAUCAUGGACGACGCCGUCUCAAUACGCCCCGUACCGUACGAGAGCGUACAAGCCAACGAUCGCGCUUUGACCCAAUGGAUGGACAGCCUUCCGUCGGAACUCGAUCUUGACGAAUACCGGGUCGCGCGAAACUUAGCAUCAACAAACAAUGAUAUGCGUAGGCAAGGCGUCCAGAGUGUCAUAAUCCGAACAUCAUAUUAUCAUAUUCGAUUCACCCUCCAUCGCCCAUACGCCGCCCGCGCCCACCAUUCAAGCGUCGAUUCCCAAAACGCGGCUGAAAGCUUAGAAAUCUCCGUCAGCGCAGCCGACAAGCUGAUCACGAUGGUCGGCCAAUCACGCCCUGAUUUCCUGGCAAAUUCAUCACUUGCGGUACCGGGGCAUAUGAACUGGGGCACCUUCCAUUGCUUCUCAGCAGCGAUGUUUUUCUCAUUCCAACUGAUUGCUAAUCCGGAUCAACCAGGGGCUGGACUAUUCCGUGCCAGUAUUCGGAAGGCACUGUCGACAUUGGAACAGGCUCGAGGAAGUGCUGUUGCAGACAAGGCAUACGACAUCUUGCAAGCUAUCUCACCGCUGUACUCUGGCGAGUUCACGCAUCUCAGCUCGGAAGACAAGGAAAAGGAGCGAGGACACGUCCUGAGUUUGGUCCGCAAACUUGCAUUCCCGUAUCACGAUUCACACGGACCUCGGCGGUAUGGUGAAUCCGUUUCUAGCGGUCGAGGCUCUGCAGAUUCUCCGGCUGGUUCGUCCGUGAGCCCGCCUAUGCAGAUGGUGACCACGCUGCCGCCGAGGCAGUAUGACCCUCUGCAGGCUCAGACGCCUAACCUCCAAGGAACGCCGCAGACCGGAUAUCAAGGGUCGAUACAGGGUACGAUACAUUCAUCCCCUGGGCUGCAUUUGUCCCCCUCGAUGGUGUCCAGCCAGGGCGGGCCGACCAUGACCCCGCCAACAUAUCAACCGGACCCAUAUAUACUGAUGCAGCAACAGCAGAUAUACGGGGAGAACUCGAGGUACAGCAAUUCGUAUACACAUUCUGUGGACGAGGCGUCAAUGUGGGGCGCGGCUGUAGGGUUCGGGCAGGGCGAGUGGACGCAGUUCUUGGAGGGGAUGUCUGGCGCAGCACCUAAUGUGCAGCAAUCUAGUCGGCAUAGUCGUUAGUCGUGCUCUGCUUUAUUCUUCUUCUUGUCCUUUUGCUUGACAUACGGUAUAUACGCCUUAUUUUUCGGGGAUAUUGUAAACUGUAUGUACGACCAGAUGAUCUUUAUAACUGCUUCGUCAAAUACGAUUUAACCGCUUAUCAAACUCGGGCGGAA